CAGGCGGCAGCGGCUAUUAAAGCGCUGGGUAGGGCAGCGGCAGGCACUUCGAGGAUGAGGCUUCCCUGCUGGUUCUGGCUGAGCUCCGCCGUCCUCGCUGCCUGCAGAGCAGCAGGGCAGGCACACAACCUGACCGAGGGGCUGGGGGAUGCGAGCGCCCAGGCCGCCUGCCCCGCCAGGCUGGAGGGCAGCGGGAAGUGCGAGGGGAGCCAGUGCCCCUUCCAGCUAAGCCUGCCCACGCUGACCCUCCAGCUUCCGUGGCAGCUUGGUAGCAUGGAGGAGGUGCUCAAAGAAGUGCGGACCCUCAAGGAAGCUGUCAACAACCUGAAGAAAUCCUGCCAGGAUUGCAGGCUGCAGGCUGACGACCAUGGAGACCCGGGCGGGGACGGAGCAGGGACGGUCCCGGACAACAGAGUCCAGGAACUGGAGAGUCAGGUGAACAAACUGACUUCAGAGCUGAAGAAUGCCAAAGACGAGAUCCAGGGGCUGCAAGGGCGCCUGGAGACGCUCCAUCUUGUAAAUAUGAACAACAUCGAAACCUACGUGGACGACAAAGUGGCCAAUCUAACAUUUGUGGUCAACAGUUUGGACGGCAAAUGCUCCAAGUGUCCCAGCCAAGAAUACAUCCAGUCACAGCCGGUUCAGCAUCUAAUAUACAAAGAUUGCUCUGACUACUACGUAAUAGGAAAAAGAAGCAGCGAGACCUACAGAGUUACACCGGAUCCCAGACACAGUAGCUUUGAAGUCUACUGUGACAUGGAGACCAUGGGGGGAGGCUGGACAGUGCUACAGGCUCGCCUCGAUGGAAGUACCAACUUCACCAGGGACUGGAAAGAUUACAAGGCGGGCUUUGGAAACCUUGACCGAGAGUUUUGGCUGGGUAAUGAUAAGAUUCAUCUGCUGACCAAGAGUAAGGAAAUGGUUUUGAGAAUAGACCUCGAAGACUUUAACGGUGUCACGCUGUAUGCCUUGUACGAUCAGUUUUACGUGGCUAAUGAGUUUCUGAAAUACCGAUUACAUAUUGGUAACUAUAACGGCACAGCGGGAGACGCCUUGCGUUUCAGUAAACAUUACAACCAUGACCUGAAGUUUUUCACCACCCCAGACAGAGACAAUGACCGUUAUCCCUCUGGGAACUGUGGGCUCUACUACAGCUCAGGCUGGUGGUUUGAUGCCUGUCUCUCUGCAAACUUAAAUGGCAAAUAUUAUCACCAGAAAUACAAGGGUGUCCGCAAUGGGAUUUUCUGGGGCACCUGGCCGGGGAUAAGUCAGGCACAGCCUGGUGGCUACAAGUCCUCCUUUAAGCAGGCCAAGAUGAUGAUGAGACCCAAGAAUUUCAAACCAUAAAUUGCUAGUGUUCAUCUCUCCAGGCGCCUGUCUAAAGGCACUGAGUUCCUUCUGCCCUUUACCAUAGGCCUGAGUUUAUAUUCCUUUGCGAUGGCUAACACAUUUCUUUUUAAACUUCACAGCUUUUAAAGUAAAGCUAGAAGUAUCUAAAGAGACUACUUUGUUGCUAUUAUACACGAAUGCCUGAAAGCCCUGGAGGUAUUGACAAUCAUACGUUAUAUUUGCAAACCCUUGCAUUUUAUUAGUUAAAAGUUCCCUACUAGAUUUAUUAUUUUUUACAAUUAAAAAAACUAAAUUAUUCAGCAAGCUAAAUAUCUACAUAAGCAACUUUUAUUUUCACUGGGGCUAAACAUGUAUAUUUGCAAAUACAUCAGUCUUUUCAGGCCCAAGCUAUUCAUAUAUUUGUGGCCAAGAACUGUAGUGCUUUCUUUGAGCCAAGAAGACCUUAAAGCAUUUAUUUCUCAAAAAAGAAGCAGGGGCACAGAAAGUGUAGCUAAACUUAUUGAUGUGAUACUCAUGAAAUAUAUAAUGUGGCAGUAAAAUGCCUUAGAAUGUGGUAGCAUAGCGUCCCUCCCCCAUCCCCACUGGGAAACGAUGUGGCCCUGGAGACUGGUUUAGUGGUUCUUUAUUCACUGUUUAGAGCCGGUUAGAACCGGAUGCAAAAGCUACAUUGUUGCCGACCCCUGCUUCAGAUGCACAAUAGUUUUUAAUGAAGGUGCUAGGCUACUGUAAGGCUUCCUUGGGGAAAGUCACCGGAGAGGGAAAAAAAAAGUUUAUCUAAUACUUUGAAAGCCAAUCCCAUACCCAAAGCAAUACUAUUGUUGAGGGAUCAACUUCCUAGGAAGCUGACUUUUCUAGAAUAAAUUUAUUUAUUAAGAUGAAUUUUGAAAUAGUUCAAAUGUUACACAUUUUAAUCCUAAAUAGUCAAUUGCUUGUUUCAUUCAAUAUAUAUUCAAUAUAUAUAUAUAUGUAUAUAUAUAUAUAUAUAUGUCAAUCAUAAUUCUUUGGGAAUUCCUUCAUUGUGGAAUGCCGAGGACCACACCAAAGGGCCUUAGGAGCAGAUUCCUUUUAUCAUUGUGCAAAGGGAUCUCUGCAGAGAGAGACAAGCGGCCGCACACGCACAUUUGAAAGGCCCGAGUGAGCGCUGUGUGUGUGUCAGGCAUCGGAAGGAACCGCACAGUACGCAAUGUGCAAGCGAUAACUUUGGUCUUAAUGUUUCAGUGUGGUUUUCAAUAUAUUAACCAAGCUGUAAAACGCAUUCAUAAAGAUUCAGCAUCUUUGAAUACAAUUAGGGAGGACAGUUACUGCCUUUACCACUUAAACUUUCAGAUACACAGCCAUUGUUGAAAAAUAGUUAAGAGGUGCAAGAUAUUAUUUUAAAAAUAUGAACCAUGAAGCUUUCAGGUAAAUACAAUGAAAAUUAAUCUAUUAUUAAUACAAUUAUAUUACCAGAGUGAGGUAAAUACAUGCUGAAUUAAGUAACCAAAAUGUAAAAUAUAGAUUCCAAAAGCUGUUUACCUACUUUGUAGAAUACUGGAUGUAAAUGGCAUAAUUAGGAUGAGGAUGGGGUGGUGGCUCACCCUUUAAUCCCAGCCCUCGGGAGGCAGAGGCAGGCGGAUCUCUGGUCUACAAGAGCUAGUUCUAGGACAAGCUUCAAAGCUAUAGAAAAACCCUGUCUC